CCAGGCUGUGUCCGAACCAGACAAUCCCAGCGUACCACCUAUAUCUAAUACUAAAGGGUAUGGGGGAUUGCGUGUGGCUGUGUCGCGGUCAAGUUCAUAGUGUCACGAUAUUUUCGCUAGCUCCAUGGAAACAACGCAGGAAAGCCAUGCCAACUAUUAUAAAUUGACCGGCAAAAUGAACCAAGAACUGAAAACCAACUGUAAUUUCUCAACAACAGUGAUAAUAUUUCUUUGCUUACAAACAAUCAUAAUUAUAUUCAUAUAUCCAGUGAUUAUCGGAAUAGUUGUGGUUAGCUUUCAAAAUGACAUUGCAAACCUUGAACUCAAGAUAGACCAUCUGAGAGACCGCGACAUCGGGCUACCACCACCUAGCUCUGCAGUACUGGGUGGAGACACUCCAGCGGUACAGGGGUGUGAGUGUCCACAGCAGCAAAACAAUCCACCGAUACUAUCGGAUUCACAAUAUUACAACGGUCAGCAAUCCAAUGGCGAUGUGAGGGAAACUUUUCUCCGUUGUUGCGCUGCCGAUGAAAAUAAUUUAAAAUCGCUUAUUCAAGAGCAACUCGAAAAAGCACGUCCGCGGAACCGCCACAAGGACAGGAAACAAGACCGUACAGGGGUAACCGUUGCCGAGGUGGAAAGGCUCGUGGCCGCUGCCAUCAAUAGAAACAGAACGAAUGUUAAACAGACGGAUUGGUCAGUUACUGCAAACAUUAUGCCUAUAGCUGUACAUAUCACAGGCAAGCCCACGGAGGGCGAGUUUUCAAUGAUGAAAUCGCUUCCACCACGCAGGCGUGGCAUGUUUAAAGUCGGACCAUGGGAGACAGAAAGGGGAAAAACCUUCACUAAACAUGUAAAUGUUGACACAUAUCACAUAACUAUACCAAAAUCAGGAAUCUACAAUGUAUACAGCCAAUCAUAUUUCAGGGAUGAAAGAGAUGCCGGCGACAGAAUGAACUCAAAUCUAAACGAAUAUCUUCACUAUACAGUUGUAGAAAGUAUGGCGUACACAGCUGACCCAAUCGACUUAAUGAAGAGCGGUAGGACACAGCAAGGAAGCGAUGACUAUGGCUACUACUAUAGCAGUUACCAUUCCGGACUAUUUGAACUGAAAAGGGGUGAUAACUUAUACAUGAAAGUGCAUCUUCCCGACCCAUCAGCGGUAAAAUUAGAUUGCAGCCAAGACGCGACAUUUAUGGGAAUGUAUAUGAUUAGUGAACUUGACUAGAUUCCGUGGGGAAUCGGAAAAUAUAUUUACAUUCUUACAAAUUGAUUAUUUUUUGUUCAACAGUAUGUAAACUGUUAACCAGAUGAUAUUUCUGUUUUUCAAAUUCCGAUUUCUCAUACGGCAGAAUUAAACAUUUCCCACAAUGAAUACAAUAAUGAUGUCAUUGUACAGAUGCUCCCUUAAGUACAACCUCGCUGUUUGUCACUGCCUCUGCAAGGAACUACAUACCACCUAUACACGAUACUUACAACUAACCAGUAAUUCACCAAUCCGUCCGUUUGAGGCAUUUUUUGUUUUUUGCUAAUUUCCGCUCUCACCGACAAUGAGACGCCACAGUCGUUGUACCGCAUUGCGCGUUAUGUUUCCAAUUUUUCUCAUUGUUGAGAAAUAUCCUUAAUAUCGUAACUCAUACUAAAUAAUCGUGUUACCCUUCCAUCCGAUCAAUUGGUCUUCUUUACAUUCGAUGAUACGUACAUGUACAAUAUGGACCCAUCGGGCACGCAUACAUGGGUAGUACACACAUCCUAAUGACGAUGUAUAUAAAUGUAAAUUGUAUUUUUGCAUAAUAAAUAUCACAAAUCCGAAUCA